UGCAAUUGUACCUCGCACGGUCCGAACACUUGGUCUAUUGCACUCGAGUUGAUGGUGCGCACGUCAGCUUGGAAACGGACGAAAGCAUAUAUUCGCAGGAUGCGGGGCAAUAAAGCGGGAGGAUGGAUUGCUCUUCUGCUGCUUUUAAUUCUCGAAAAAGUGAGUGCAGCGGAAUCAACCCCACAUGCCAGUGCUGAUUAUCUUCUUCCAAAAAUUUCCGCUCCAUCCGCAUACGAAAUUAAAAUCGAACCGCACAUUAUUCCGGAACAUUUCACUUUCGAUGGAGAAGAGAAUAUCGCACUUAGCGUCUUCAAAGAGUCCCCGAAUAUCACUCUCCAUGCGCAUUCGAAUCUCGUCAUCGACGAGGAUGCUACAGUUUUAACCUGGAAAAAUAACAAGUUCGCAAAACCGAAGGCUCAUAUUAGAAAAGAGGGCUGUGAUGUCUUGACACUGAAUUUCGAGCCAAAAAUUGCGCCAGGAAAUUAUACAUUGCAUUUCAAAUUCACCGGUAAGAUUACCAAUGGCACCGAUGGCGUCUUCAGGUCGUCCCACAGGAAUGAUAAAAAUGAAAGAGUGUGGCUCAUUGCGACUAGAUUCUCGCGAAUUUUCGCACGCCAGGCAUUUCCUUGCUGGGACGAACCGGCUUUUAAGGCAACAUUCAAUCUGUCUAUCAAGCAUUAUUCCAACUAUACAGCGGCAUCUAAUAUGCCUGUCCAAAGGAAAAUAGAGACUGGCGAUGGAAAAGUAUGGAGCAGCUUUCAGAUCACCCCGAAAAUGUCAACGUACGCGGUUGCAUUCGUUAUCUCUGAUCUCGGAUGUUUCUCUAAUGCAAAUCAGCUGUUGCAGACAUGCGCUACUCAGCAAGCCCAAUCGGGUUUGAAGUAUGUCCAGGAUGUCCAAGAAAAAGCCCUCGCUCUGUUCAAUCACUAUACGAACAUGUCGUAUGCUUUACCGAAACUCGACAAUUACGUUUUACCUGACCAACGGCGAAUUGCAGCCCCGGAAAAUUGGGGUCUCACCGUCGAUCGAGAAUCUCGAAUGAUCGUGAAGGACGAUUUAGUGUCCUGGGAGAAAGAAUAUGCGACGCUGGUGGUGAUUCAUCGAAUGGCUUAUCAGACAAUUGGAAACUUGGUCAGUCCAGCCUGGUGGACAGACGUUUGGCUGAAUGAAGGGCUCGUCCAGUACUUGGGGCUCUAUUUUAAAAAUCAAAUGCACCCAGAGUGGGAUUCGAUAAACAUAUUUGUUUCUGAUACAAGUCUAUCGAGAGAUAGAAAAGACUGGCUGUCGUGGGAAUCGGAGAAAUUCGUGAAUGAAAAAUUCAAACUGCCUUCUUCGGCUUAUAUCAAAAGUGCAGCUGUGAUGCACAUGCUGUCUAACACUGUUUCUAAGGAAGUUUUCCAAGACGGUGUUCGUAUUUACCUCAAGAAAUAUCAAUAUGGAGUUGCAACACCAGAUGACUUCUGGGGUGCCAUGCAGGAAGCGUACGAUAAAGCAGAAAAAAAUCCAAAAAUUAGUAUCCGAGAUAUAAUGAACUCAUGGACGAGUCAAACUGGUUAUCCUAUGGUGAAGGUUGUGAGGGACUAUGAAGCAGGAACAGUGACCAUUCAUCAUCCCAAUAAGACCCCGAGUCAGCCAUCCUCUCGAUGGUUCAUUCCUAUAAAUUACGCCAUCAAAUCCCAUCCGAAUUUCGAGUCCACUGCACCCACGCAUUGGUUGAAACCCGGAGAUGGUCAACUUGUUAUUGAUGGAUUGAACAAGGACGACUGGAUCAUUGUGAAUAUUCAGCAAACAGGUUACUAUGGGGUUGAUUAUGAUGACGCAAGCUGGGAGAAGAUCAUUCAAUAUCUGAAUAGCAAUGACUACGCGAAAAUCCAUGUUCUCAAUCGAGCACAAUUUAUGCUUGACCUGUACCACGAGAAGAAUUACAUGACACUUUUAAAUUUUACUUCAUACCUCUCUCGGGAAACUGAGUUGAUCCCAUGGAGGGCUGCACGAUUGGCGCUUUCUUAUUUUAAACAUCAUCUAUCGGAUGACGCUGAGCUCCAGCAAAAUUUGAAUAAAUACGUUGAAAUUCUGAUGAAAAAAGUAAUUGAUGAAGUUGGAUUGGAGGAUCGCUCGUCAGAUUCAUACCUGAUGAAGAAAAAAAGAUCCGAUGUGAUAAAUCUCGCCAGCAAAUUCAAUAAUACUAAAUGUCUGGAGGCACAAUCUAAGAAAGCAUUAGCUCAUUUGGAAGGAAGAGCUUAUCCGAACCUUAGCUAUUGGGAAAUUUGUUAUGGUGCAUCAGAUCCGAAAGUGGCAUCUUUAUUAGAAAAAAAAAUAGAGGACGGAAACACUGAAGCAUAUUUCAGUGCUCGAAGCUGUUCACGGAAUAUCACGUUCUUUGAUGAGUACAUUAAGAAAAUUGCAGCGAAUCAGACAAUCGCCAAAAAUAAUACACGACUAGCAAUCAUCGUUCUCGCUGAGAAAACCGUGGAGGGCUGGGAAUGGGGAAUUAAUUACUAUAGAGAGAAUUUCGAUCAGCUGCUAAAAACUUAUGGUCAAACCGAUAUGAAUUUCAUGCUGAACCAUUAUAUUCAGAAAACUGCAACCCCUGAACAAUUGGAAAAGAUAACGGAAUUUGUCGAUAAACAUCAAGAUCAGUUUGAAGCAUCGGUGAAAGAAGAACUUUCGAAGAAAUCCAAGCAAUUUGAAUGGAGUAAAACAGUGGCUCGACUGAUGAACGACUGGAUAAAGAAGCAAAUCGCUUCAAUGGAGGAGAAAGUGUAUAAUAAAUUGACCCGGGCCUUGGAAUUAUCAGUUGGAAUUAUUUUUUCAUAUAGAAUGGGCCCUCAUCGGAUUGACUGGUUUCUGAUGCAUUUCCCCGUAUUACUUAUUAUUCUUGGAAGCUGCACAGCAAUUCCGACAAGCAACGAGUUUGCGGCUGGCUACAGCCAUAAAAAAUCGGCGCAUAUUCAUCCGAGUGAUAAAAUCAGCAUCAGAGCUAUUAAAGAUGAUGAUAAACUUGAUUAUCGGCUGCCGACUUCCGUCAUACCUGAGAAAUACGAAGUUCUACUAUCGCCGGAUCUCAACGAGGAUCAAUUUACUCUAACAGGAUCUGUUAAAAUUCGAGCUCGUGUGGUUUCCGAAACGAACAGAAUCGUGCUGAAUGUUGGGAAAAUCCAUGUGACAGAAAUGACUGUUCUUAAAUCUGAUCUAAAACUCAAUAAAACGGACGUUGAACCUAUUCUCAAUACAAUUCACGAUGAGGAAACCGAGAAAUUUUCUCUUAUCUUGGUGAAAUCAAUUCCAAAGGAUUCGAUUGUUAGUAUCGCUAUUCAAUACAAUGGAACAUUGAUGGAUGAUAUGAUUGGAUUUUACAAAAGCUCGUAUUUUGAUAAGGACGGCAAUCUCAAAUGGAUGGCGGCUACUCAAUUCGAAACGACUCAUGCACGACACGCAUUUCCAUGUUUUGAUGAGCCAAAAUUCAAAGCCAGAUUUAAGAUCAGAAUUUCGCGAAAUCAAAGGCACAAAAGUUUGAGUAAUAUGCCACUGAAUGGCAGUAAACCCAUUAGAAAUUUAACUUGGGACACAUAUGAAACGAGUGUACCAAUGUCGACGUACUUGGUGGCAUUUAUCAUAUCCGAUUUGGCUUCAGCGUCAAAUGAACAAAAAAAUUUCACUGUGUGGGCUAGACCUGAGGUUAUCGACCAGGCAGACUAUGCUCUCAAAAUUGGACAGAGGUCCAUUGAAUAUUUCUCUAAUUUGUUCAAUGAAAGUUAUAAAUUAGAGAAAAUGGAUAUGGUUGCGGUGCCGGAUUUCUCAGCAGGUGCAAUGGAGAAUUGGGGUCUAAUCACAUUCAGGGAAUCGCGAAUGUUGUAUGAUCCCAUAGAGUCAUCAGAUAACGCUCAACAAAUUGUUGCAUCCGUAAUUGUACAUGAGUGCGCUCACAUGUGGUUUGGAAAUUUAGUAACUCCUGAGUGGUGGGACUUCUUGUGGCUCAGCGAGGCAUUUGCCAGAUAUUAUCAGUACUAUGCAACCGCAAAGAUGGAACCGGAUUGGAAAAUGGAACAGCAGUUUGUAGUGGAGCAGCUUCAAACGGUUUUUAUUACUGAUUCUCUGAAUUCUUCUGAGCCCAUGUCUCGACACGUUCAGAGUCAAGAGGAAAUAGAAACUAUGGGGGAUACUAUCACAUAUUCCAAGGGCGCAAGCAUUGUUCGAAUGAUGGAUCUGUCGUUUGGAUCGGCUGCAUUCAAUUCUGCACUACAGGAGUAUCUGAAAUCAAAUAAUUACAAAUCAGUAACCCCCGACGACCUCUGGGAUGCAAUUGACAGAAAUGUCGAUGCGAAAAGUAUAAAUUUGGAUGGAACAUUUAAAAAGGCCAUGGAGACAUGGACAAACCGAGCGGGUUAUCCUGUUGUUAAUGUCACAGUGGAUAAUGGAUCUUUAUUAUUGAAACAAGAACGAUUUUUCAUUCGGAGACCGAAAAUAGCCGUCACCGAUGUUCCCUGGUACAUUCCAUUGACAUGGACAACGCAUAGUGAAUGCAAUUUCCAAUCAACGAAACCCAAAUAUUGGUUCAAAACAGAAAACAAAACCAUUGAAGCAGCAAGUAAAGUAGAUGAAUGGGUGAUAGUCAAUAUACAACAGAGUGGAUUUUAUCGCGUAAAUUAUGAUGGAGCCACUUGGUACCGCAUUAUUGAUGCUUUAAAAAGCAAGGACUUUGAUGGAAUUCAUGAGAUUAAUCGAGCGGCUAUUGUUGAUGAUUUGUUGAAUCUGGCGAGGGCUGAGUAUUUGAAUUAUACGGUUGCACUGGAUGGACUUGAGUAUUUGAAGAAUGAAACAAAUUAUUUACCAUUCAAAUCUGCAAUCAGGGGCUUGGAUUAUCUUUAUAAACGUUUUGCCGGUCAAAAGCAAGAGAAUUUCCUGAAGAAUUUCACGUUGAGUUUGGUGUCCGAAAUUCAUGAGAAGCUGGGAUUUGAAGACAGAGCAAUGGAUGACCGAUUGACUAUUUUAUUGAGAGCGGAAUUGAAUGACUUAGCUUGCAAGUUUGAUGAUGAAAAGUGGAUAAAAAAAGCUCAAGAAUACUUUGUGUCGUGGAGACAGAAAAAUGCCACAACAAUCCCAAGAAACCAGAGACCUGGCGUUUAUUGUUCGGCAAUCAGGCAUGGAACAUUUGAAGAUUGGGAGGCUUUGCAUGCCAAAUACAUAAAUUCUAAUUGCCCAACUGAGCAAAUUGUUAUUCUGAAUGCUCUGGCUUGUACGAAAAACACAACCAUUCUCGAAAAGUACCUGGUUUUUGCUAUUACUGACUACAAACAAUCCCGCAUUCGCAAGCAAGACAGUAAAACAAUUUUCAAUGCAGUCUCCAGUUCAAGUGUAGUUGGGGCAGAAUAUAUCUUGGAUUUCGUUGGAAAAUAUUAUCCGCAAAUGGAUAAAUAUUAUGGAGAUAAUGAUACCAUUGCUAGUAUCUUAUCAGCAGCAUCACAGCGUUUUUCGACAAAGGAACUUAUCGACAAGUUCCAAAGUUUUAUAGAAAAUAAUGACAAUGCCUUGAUAUCCAUUCGCGAAUCUUUAGACAGAUCGCUUGAACUGGCAAAGUACGAACUAGAUUGGUACAGCACAAAGUCGCUUGUCAUAAUUGACUGGAUCGCUGCGUACAAUGAGAGAGAGGAAAAGAAAAAAAAUCCUCCUGUUGAAGUGAACAAUUACAGAUUACCCAAGACGAUCAUCCCUCAGAGUUACGUUAUCAAGGUCGUCCCUUACAUUACUCCCGGGAACUUUACGUUUGAUGGAUUUGUUAGUAUCAUGACCCAAGUUGUUGAGAAGACUGAUAAAAUCGUACUCCAUAUGCACGAGAUCAACAUCCUUAACAUCACUCUGCGCAUCAAUGAAAAUGAGAUCAAAGUUAAGGACCAGCAAGAGCUAAAGGAGUAUCAAUUACUCGUAUUGUCAUUGGACGAACCUCUGGCGGUUAAAUCAAAAUUAUUGAUUGAAAUUUCGUAUACUGGCAUUCUCAACACAAUCAUGAAGGGAUUCUACAGGAGUUCCUACGUCGAUGACAAUAGCACCACCAGAUGGUUAGCAGCAACCCACCUGGAACCCGUAGGCGCCAGGAAAAUGUUCCCUUGCUUCGAUGAGCCAUCUCUCAAGGCAACAUUCCAACUUAGUGUGAGUAGGCCAGCAAAUUAUCAGGCUCUCAGCAAUACCCCAGUGAGAAUAGAGGUUGCAGAUGGCGACCGAAUGUUGGUGACAUUCGAAGAAACUCCCAUAAUGUCAACGUAUUUAGUGGCUCUGGUGGUGUCAGAUUUUGAAAAUACCUACGUAAAGUUACUGUCGGAAGCCUGGGCAAGGCCGAAUGCCAUAAAAUACGCAAAAUAUGCAGCUUCAGUUGUGUCUCCAAUCGUAGAAUUUUUCGAAAAAUCUCUGAAAAUACCGUAUCAACUGAGUAAACUCGACAUGGUUGCACUACCAGACUUUAGCUCUGGUGCCAUGGAAAAUUGGGGUCUCAUCACUUACCGAGAAUCUAACAUGCUUUAUGAUGAUCAAUACUCACCCAUAAACUCGAAACAGGGAAUUAUCAACGUAAUUGCUCACGAAAUAGCUCAUCAGUGGUUUGGUAAUCUCGUUAGUCCAGAUUGGUGGAAGUAUCUAUGGCUCAGUGAGGGAUUUGCACGGUACUAUCAGUAUCACACUACCGCGACGAUUGAAACAAGUUGGGGAUUGGAAUCGCAAUUUGUGGUUGAGCAGGUGCAUUCAGCUUUUGCCACUGAUGGAUUAGUCUCCAGUCAUCCUAUGUCCCAUGAUGUCAAUACACCCGCCGAAAUCGCUGGUAUUUUUGAUACAAUUUCAUACGGAAAAGCUGCUAGUGUCUUGAGAAUGAUGGAGAAAGUUUUUGGAACCCAAGUGUUUUAUAAUUCACUGCACGAUUACCUCAUCGCUAGAUCUUACGGUAGUGCAACCCCUCAGGAUCUUUUCACAGCUUUCGAAGUGAAUGUUAAGGGAGAUAGUAUUCAAUUAGAUGGUACUGUCCAAUCAAUCAUGGAGAAGUGGACGGAGCAGGCGGGAUUCCCCGUGCUAAACGUUCGAAUCGAUGGCAAUAAUGCAAUACUGAUUCAAGAACGUUUCCUGCUAAGGAACUCCGAAAACAUUCCUACGAAUCAGACUUGGUCAAUUCCGAUAACCUGGACUUCCAAAACAAAUCCCGAUUUCAUAUCGACUACUCCUAAAUUUUGGUUUAGCGAACCGCGUAGCAUAGUUCCGUUACCACAUGGUGCUGGUGACUGGGUCAUUCUCAAUGUUCAACAAGCUGGAUAUUAUCGAGUAAAUUAUGAUAAUGACUCGUGGACCCGAAUAAUCGAAGGGAUUAAACAAAAUUUAACUCAAAUUCACGAGAUAAAUCGUGCCUCGAUAAUCGACGAUCUCCUGAAUCUCGCCCGAGCUGGUUACACAGACUACAUGACCGCCUUAUCAGCCACCGAAUAUCUAAUCCAGGAAACCAAUUACAUCCCCUGGAGAGCAGCAUUCAACGGUCUCUCGUAUCUCACAAAAAAAUUCACUGGCCGUGAAAUAAAUGCUCUGUACAAACAACACAUUCAAAAAAUUCUAUCCCCAAUCUACGAAAAAUUGGGUUUCAAUGAGCCAAAAUACGAGACUCAUUACAACAAAUUAUUGAGGAGACAGGUGAUCAACUGGGCAUGUGCAUUCGACCUGAAAGACUGUAUUAGUAAUUCAACAAAGCUGUUUGCUAACUGGAGAGCUAAUGAAAAGGAAUUGGUCCCUGUUAAUCUCCGCAAUACAAUUUACUGCACCGCCAUUAAACACGGAACGACUGACCACUGGAAUUUCCUAUGGGAUAAGUAUCACACUGCGCCACUUGCCACUGAAAAAAUACAGAUACUUACUGCCCUGGGAUGCUCUGAGAAUAAAGUAUUGUUGAGGAAACUAUUGAUGAGCGCAAUAACGGAAGACUCGGGCAUUCGAUUUCAAGACAGUGAAAGUGCAUUCUCUGGAGUCUAUGGGUCUGGACAUUUCGGUGCAACUUUUACGCUAGAUUUUAUUAGAGAGCAUUAUACCGACAUGUACAAGUACUACGGCAGUUAUAGUGCAGUUGAGAGGAUUUUAAGUGGUGUUUCCUCUCAAUUCUCGACGGAAGAACUUGUAGCGAAGUUAACGGAGUUUGUGAAUGAAUUUGGGGAGAAAAUUCCGGAGAUUGAAAACUCAUUGAGGUCUUCAUUGAAACUUGCACGACAGGAACUCCAGUGGUAUGAUCUCAACAGUCCAAAAUUGUUCGCCUGGUUGGGAUAUCGCUACGACACUAAUAAUUACCGUCUCCCCACCACUGUUGUACCUGUUAAUUACAAUUUAUCAAUUACACCGUACUUCGAAGAACGUAAUUUCACUUUUGACGGAGACGUUCAGAUCGCAGUGAAUAUUGAUCACAGCACUUCGAUCAUUGUUCUUCAUACUAACGGAUUGAAUGUUAGUGACGUCAGAGUAUAUUCCAAUACUUCGGAGAUUCUGGAAUACUAUCACUACAAGUGGAAUUCUGUAACUCACAAAUUUACCAUUUACUUGGCAACGACCCGUAGUGCUGGCUCGAUACUGCGGGUAAAUAUAAAGUACACGGGGGUGUUAAAUCGUAAUAUGGAGGGUUUCUAUCGGAGCGCAUAUUGGGAUGCUGCGGGGAAUAAACGGUGGUUAGCUACUACGCAAUUCCAGAAAGUCGGGGCUAGACAAGCUUUCCCAUGCUUCGAUGAGCCCUCGUUCAAAGCGAAAUUUACGAUUAAUAUCGAGAGGCAGAAUGAUUACAAAACGUUGAGCAAUAUGCCAUUUGCCAAAUCAGUAAUAUCUGAAAAAGAGAAUAGGACAUGGGAUAUUUAUGAGGAAUCUGUUCGAAUGUCUUCUUAUCUCGUUGCAUUCGUCGUCUCGGAUUUUGAAACAAUUACGAAUGAAAAGAACAACUUCAGUCUGUGGGCGAGAUCAGAUGCGAUUCAUGAUGGCUCUUAUGCACUGAAGGUAGGGCAAAGAUCUCUCGAGUUUUUGAGAUAUUACACUGGGAUAGAUUAUCCCAUCGGAAAAAUGGAUCUUGUGGCCGUGCCAGAUUUCAAUGGAGGAGCGAUGGAAAAUUGGGGACUCGUGACGUUCCGGGAAUACGGUCUUUUAUUUGAUCCUGCCUUGAUCAGAACAUUCUUCCAAAGAUAUCUGAAUACCAUCGUCAGCCAUGAACUCGUUCAUAUGUGGUUUGGAAAUCUCGUGACGUGCGACUGGUGGUCUUAUAUCUGGCUGAAUGAAGGAUUCGCUCAAUAUUUUCAAUGGGUGACCGUCGACGAUGGUCAACCAAGUUGGAAUAUGAUGGAACAAUUCAUACCCUACGAGCUGCAAGAAGCAUUAUUGUCCGAUUCAUUUCCAACGAUGCGACCCAUGAACAAUAAAAUGGAUAGCCCAUUUGAUGAGGGAGCUGGCUAUAGCUCUAUCGCCUACGGCAAGUCUGCCAGUGUUAUACACAUGAUGAGGCAAUCCUUUGGUGAGAGGAUUUUCCGAGAUGGUCUGCAUUAUUACUUGAACGAGAACAAAUACGGCACCGGUACACCAGAUAAAUUAUGGAGUGCACUGCAACGAAGUGCUAAUGAGCAUGCCGGACUGGUUAAUAUUGAUCAGCCUGUUGCCACUUUGAUGAAUUCUUGGGCGAGUCAAUCGGGAUAUCCAGUGGUCCAUGCUAGAUUGGUUAAUGGAAAUCUCGUUUUGGAACAACGUCGAUUCUUAUUAACGAGGGAAGACGCGGAUAUCGAUCAAAUCUGGUGGAUUCCCAUUACCCUUCAAACUUCCAAACACGGAGUACUGAAUGGGGGGAAUCCCAUAUUUUGGCUCGGUGAUAAGAAUAAAACGGCAUCAAUCGCGGGUUUCGCUGGUGAUUGGUUGAUUGUCAAUGUCGAACAAAAGGGCUACUAUCGAGUUAAUUAUGACGUGGAGAAUUGGUCCCGCUUAUUCACAGCAUUACGUUCGAAAGACUUCGGUGGAAUACACGCGGCAAAUAGAGCCCAGAUUAUCAGUGAUCUCCUAAAUUUAGCUCGGGGAGAAUACAUAGACUAUAACACUGCAUUGACAAGCACAUUAUACCUCAAAAAUGAAGUACAUAACUCACCUUGGGUAGCAUUCUUCAGUGGUAUCGCAUUCCUGUCACAUCGUUUCGAGGGAAAUGAGAUUAAUGCUCUAUUCAGUAACUAUGUGCUGCGCCUCCUCGAGUUUCCCUACCGAAAACUUGGAUUCUUAGAAAGCGAUAGUGAGGGAAUGCAGGACAAACUUACGAGAGAGUUGAUAUUGCAUGCUGCGUGUAAAUACGGCCACAAACACUGCAUUGCCACUGCUAAAACGCUCUUUGACAGUUGGAAGAAAAAUCCGAAGGAAACUAUUCCUGUCAACGCGAAAAAAGCUGUUUACUGCACUGCUGUAAAAUACGGUAGUUAUGAGGAUUGGAAAUUCCUGUGGAAUCGGUAUCUCAGCAGUAAUCUGGAGGCUGAAAAGGUAACGAUUCUGCAAGGACUGGGAUGCACUAGAAAUGCUAAAGCACUCGAGGAAUACUUUAGAGCUGCUUUGUCGGAGAAUAAUUUAGUACGUGACCAAAAUAUCAAUUUGGUUUACUCAUCUGUAUACUUAGCUGAUAGUUACGGAGUUAAUGUAACUCUUGAAUAUCUCAUCAAUAAUUAUGAUGCUAUUCGUAAGGGGUAUGGGGGGUGGGGAACUGUAACUGAUCUUUUUAAAUCCGUUGCGAUGCAAAUAUCGACGCGAGAGCAAAUUGAUAGGCUUGAGAAGUUCAUUAAUGACAAGUCGGGUGAGCUUAAGCACAUCUUGAGCUCACUCAAAUCAUCUUUGGGGGAAGCGAAGAAGAAUGAGGAGUGGUUUCUGGGAGCCAGGGGAACUAUCCAAACGUGGCUGAAAAAUCCACACGAUGUCGUUGCUCCCGAAGAAUCGAUAGAGAAUAAUUCGGAACAUUACGAUUUGGUAACAGUGGGAUUGAUCACUGGUGCGGUGGUUGUUGCUAUAUUGGCGAUCGCUCUUCUCUUCGUCUGCUUUAUCACAAUUCGUAAAUAUCGCAAGAAAAGAGCGGAAAUUAAAUGAAAAGUGUCAUUUUUCUGAG